AAAUAUGCUGACUUGUAUAGAAAAUGUACCCCAUAGAAAAUGUUAUGCAUUCUCACUGGCUGAACAGGUAUCUUGAUCUGUUUCUCAACUAGGCAUUACACGGUGAAUAUUCAGACAGCAAUGACAGUCUUUCUAAAAACAACAGUAAAGAGAAAGGAGGCAUAUUCAGUGGAAUGUUCAUAAAAUCUCCCAAGCCUGCUGCUGAUGCUUCUCAACCUGAGGACAAGCGGUCAUUACAGGGUGAGCUCUCAGCCAGCAAUGACAGUCUGGCUGACAACAGCAACCCUAAGGAGACAGAAGGGAUGUUUAGUGGAAUCCUCAGGAGAAAAACGAAAGCUUCUGCAGAUGGAACACCUGCACAAGAAGACCUCUCUACACGUUACGAGCUCUCAGCCAGCAAUGACAGUCUGUCUGAAAACAACAAAAGUAGGGAAAAAAAGGGUAUAUUCAGUGGAAUCCUCAAAAAGACCCCCAAAGCAUCUGGGGAUGAAACACCUGCACAGGACAAUCUUGCAACAUGCAGUGAGCUCUCAGUCAGCAACAAUAGCCUUUCUGAUACCAACAACACCAAGGAGAAAGGAAGUUUAUUAAGUGGAAUGUUCAGGAAAUCGCUUAUUCCUGCCGAUGAAGGCUCUCAACAAGAAGACGAGAGAAGUAAAUUCAGUGGAAUGUUCCAAAAAUCACCUAAACCUGCCGAUGAAGGCUGUCAACCAGAAGAGGACAAGCGGUCAUUACACAGUGAGCGCUCAGCCAGUAAUGACAGUCUCUCUGACAACAACAACCCUAAGGGUAAAGGUAUAUUCAGUGGAAUGUUCAAAAAGGCCCCUAAAACAGCUGAAGCCUCGCAACCAGAAGAGGAUUCAGAUUUGGGAACGGACUGUAAUGACAACCACUCAGAAAGCAAGGAAAAAACAGGGAUUUUGGGACUCACUGGGAUUUUCAAAAGGUCUCCAAGACCAUCGCCAAAGCCAUCCCCACGCUCCACUGUUGAUAAGGACCCUCUUACUGAGUACAAGGAACUCUCUGCCAGCAAUGACAGCCUCUCAGACUUCCCCACAAUUAAGGAAAAUCUCUCUGCACAAAGAGAACUCUCAGCCAGCAAUGAUAGUCUUUCCGACACUACAACCACCAGCAAAGAGAAAAAAGGAGGGUUUGCAGGAAUCUUCAGGAGAACUCCAAAACCUUUCGAGCAGCAGGACAGUACGGACACAGAGCCACCUGUAGGAGGUAGUCAGCUGAGGCGCCGGAGGACAAUCAAGAAGAAGAGACGGGUUGUGUCAUUCCAAGUGAAAAGAACUCUCCCGAGGAUUCCAAAACGUACUGCUGCUCGGGACUCUGAUAAGGAGCCUAUCAUUGAGGAGGCUGUGGAGCUGCAAGGGCUGGCCCCACUGCAGGAGAGCACAGUGGAGAUCCAGCCUGUGGAGAUGGCAGCAUACCCCACUGACGGAGUCAACCUUCUGGAGUCUGAAGAGGAGAGUGACGGCCUGUUGGACUGGUGGAGAUCAGUCGAAGGUUGGGAGCAAUGGAAUGAAACAUCCCAUUUCCAAGAGGAUGAAGCAGAUAUGGCGGUGGAGCAGGUGGCUGACCGUGUGUUCAUGGCGGCUCGGCUGUUUGUGCGUCUCUUCAACCAGCGGGGAGCAUCACUGCAGGGCCGUAUCCUGGAGCUGCUGGCCCAGGCUGACGCAGCCGACCAGUUCCACAAGAGGACGGUGACGGCCGCUGUGGGGGGAGGCGUGGCCAGCGUGUGUGGCAGUGUGGCCACCAUCACCGGCCUCAUCCUUGCCCCCUUCACCUUCGGAGCCUCCAUCAUCGUCACCGCUGUAGGCAUCUCCGUGGCGACCGCUGGAAGCAUUGCCUCGGCAACGGCCAACAUCACUGAUACAGUGCACUCCAACAUGGACUGCAAGAAAGUGGAGAAGAUGAUUCAGGGCUACCAGGAGGAGAUCAAGGAUAUCAGGGAGUGUAUGGAGUUUGUACAGGAAGGUAUGGAAGCUCUGCAGGAGGGGAACUUUGAAAAGUACACUGAGAGUGCAACCAAGAAGGCUCUGAACCACAACAUUAAGCAUGUGAUGAAGGAGGGGGGGCGGGCCGGAAAGAAACUGAUGAUCAACACAGACAAGCUCAUCAGCACCGUGCAGGUUCUAGGCGUGGCAGGGGGGGCCGCCAAAGCUGUUAAGGCCAUCAGCGUUACCACGGGCGUCAUGUCCGCUCUCUUUCUCGCACUUGACGUCUUCUUCCUCGCCAAGGAUUCCCAUGAGCUGCGCAAGGGCGCCAAGACAAAGUUCGCCUCCGAGAUCCGAGAGAUGUGCAAGGACCUGCAGGACGGGCUACUGGAGCUGAACAAGGUGAAAACCCAGCUGCAGAAAACCAUGGAUGGGAUCGAGCUGGAAGAGUACGAGGAGGAGGAGGAAGUGGAGGUGGAAGUGGAUGAUGACCUGGAGUCAGACCCAGUUAAACUAGCUCAGCUGGAGCAAGAGCUGGACCAGUUAGAGGAGAAGUUGGACAAGAAGGUCGAGGAGGAACAGAAAUGGAAUAAAAGCAAGGAGGAGGCAGAUAAGAGUGAGGAAAGGGAAAUUAAGGAGGAGAAGAAUAGUAAAAAGAAGGAUAGUAAGAAAGAGGAGGGAAAGAAGGCGAGACCUAAAAGUAAAACAAUCGAGUUGGGGAAGUUGUGUGAGACUGAGAAAGUGGAGAUGGAGAAAGAGUGGACGAGUGAGAGGGGAGACACUAGUGGUAGAGGGAAAGGUGAUACUAGCAGCGUUCAGAAUAAAAAAGGGUCUGAGAACGGGAAAAAGAAAGAUAAAGGAAUGGAGAGUAGAAACACCAAUGAAAAAGGAAAUGUUGAGAGCAAAAAAGAGAAAGGAAAUGAUAGAAGCAGUACGAAUGAGGAGGGUGAAGUAAAGGCAAGAGAGACUGAAAAACAAAAAGGUAGAGGGAAUAAAAAUGAGCCAGCUGAUACAAAGAAAGGGAUUUCAAAUGAAAAUGUAGAGUCUGAAAGGGGGAAGAGUGAAAGAUUGAAGGAACAAAAAGUAGCUGGAUUGGAGACUAAGAUGAGGGUGAGGGAAACUUCAGAAAGAGGAAACGCAAGCAGACAUAGCAGCAAGACUGACAAAGAGCAAAUCCAGAAGAGGAGUCAGAGGGAGAGAGGCAGUAGAGAUGAAAUAUCAGAGAUUGCUCCAGGGAGAAGACGCAGUAAAGAUCUGAAGUGUGGUAGCAUAACUGAAACAGGUGACAUGGAGAGAACGAGUAAGACUGAAAGGGGUGGGGUAGAGAGGGGGGUUAGGAACUUGAGAGCAGAGAUGGAUAGAGGAAGUAAAGAUAUGUACAGUGUUGACUUAAAGGGAGACUCAGAGAGGGGGAAGACAAAAGACGAAUCUGAGGUGAAAAGAACGAGUGGGGUUGAGAGAGGGACAGCUAAAGGGAACUCUAAGGAGGAAGGAGUGAUGGAGAGAAUGUCCAGGAGGGAAAACAAAGAAAGGGAGUUGGGGUGUAAGAGGGAAAGAGCUGAGGAAAAGCGUGGGAGUAAGAUUGAGAAAAUGCAAAGAAAAUUUGAAAGUGGUAGGGAGGGGGGCAUCAGAAAAGAAGAUGAGGAGGUUCAUCAGAGUGAAAGGGACAGGAAGGAGGGUGAUGUUGAAAGGAACAGGAGAGAUGGUGAUGCUGAGCAGAAGCCUCUUCGCCAAGGCUCUCGUCCACGCUCCAAAGCCAUCUGCCAAUUUUACAUCUGAUGCAUUAUUAACUGACUACUUAAAGAAGUAUUCUAAAAGGGAUUAACCUAGUGUUUGGUUUUAUAUUAUUUACUUGGAGACAUAUUGAGACAAAGACAGUCAUUGUGUUUUUAAUAUUUGAAAGAGCAAUGGAACUCAAAUGUGCCUUUUUAUACACAUUUUUCAUGACAAAGGGAUUUUUUAAACAUUUUUUUUUUUUUAAACAAGGUCACUGUAAAGAUUGUUGAAUGAAAAUGAAUUUCUCGUGGACAGGUAUACAUAAACAAUUGUCUGGAAGGAAUGGGAUGUAUGGAAUAACAAGCAGCAGAAGUUCCGGUGUUUGAGUUUUUUGUCACUGGUUAUUUGGACAAGUCACUAUUUCGCAGGUGUUAGCAUGUUUAGAAUUUCGAAAGGAGUGGACAUUCGGCCAUAACUUUCAAAGAGGGUGGAGCUCCUUGUUCCACUCCUCAUUCUAGCAUCUCUUCCAUCUCUUCACUUAACAUGUAUGGACCUAGAAUUUAAUCGAGCACCUGACCAAAUGCUGGGGACUUUAGUUCUCGGUUAACCAACAUUAUAUGAACAAAUCGCUGUCCAAAAGCUGGUAGCAAUUCAUACAGAUGUCAAUUAACUCCAUAGGAAGAGUCACACUGACUCAAAGCACUUUGUAGAGCAAUGGCUGCUGCUCAUUGGGCCGAUUCUGACACGAAUUAAGCGCACAUAAAUGGAACGUAAUUCCUUUUUUUAUGCACUUUUCUCUCUAUGCGUAUUCUGACCUUAACUUAAGCAAGAGAAAAGCAUGCUAUUCACCCGCUAUUUGUUCGGGGUGGAGAUCUAAUAAAAUGGAGGUGUGGCA